GAAGCGGGGCACGCAGCCAGAGACAAUGGAGAUCUCGGUGGGCCAGUGGCUCCUCAUCCUCGUCCUGGUGGCUGUCCCACUUCUGUACGAAUGGAGUGCCACCUUCAAGUAUUUCUGUAAGAUGGCGUUCUACAACGGCUACAUCCUCUUCCUGGCCAUCAUUGUCAUCCCUAUCUGUGCAGUCCGUGGGCGCAAUGUGGAGAAUAUGAAGAUACUACGCUUCAUGCUGCUCCAUGUGAAAUAUCUGUAUGGGAUCAAGAUUGACGUGCGGGGGACUGAGAACUUCAACAUCAAGCAGCCAUACGUGGUGGUGUCCAACCACCAGAGCUCCCUCGACUUGCUUGGGUUGAUGGAGGUGCUGCCAGAUCGUUGUGUGCCAAUUGCCAAGAAGGAGCUGAUGUACAUGGGCACGGUGGGAUUGGCGUGCUGGCUGGGAGGCAUCAUUUUUAUCAACCGCAAGAAAACCGAUGAUGCCAUCAGCGUCAUGUCUGAGGCUGCCCAAACUAUGCUGAGCGAAGAUGUUCGGGUCUGGGUGUUCCCUGAGGGUACCAGGAAUCACAACGGCUCCAUGCUGCCCUUCAAACGGGGCGCCUUCCAUUUGGCUGUGCAAACCCAGGUUCCCCUCAUCCCUGUCGUAAUCUCGUCGUAUCGAGAUUUCUACAGUAAGAAGGAUAGGCGCUUCACUACAGGGCGCUGCACAAUCCAGAUCUUGUCCUCGGUGCCCACGAAGGGGCUGAGAGCCGACGAUGUGCCAGCCCUGACAGAUCGAGUGCGCCAAGCCAUGUUGGUUGCUUUUGAGGGCCUUUCGGCGGAGCUGGGUUCCCCACAGUGACCCCCGCCACCACUUUCCCCCAGCGUCUGGCCCAGGAGCACUAUGGCGUGUGACUGGGAGCAGCUGGCACCCCCAGGCAAUCAACGUAAAGAUGACGGGGCCAAGACAGAAGAGGGCAGCGCUUCGGAGGGGAGGGAAGUGGAAUUGGAACCGGAUGGGAACAGCACCCUGCAGCGAAGGAGGUGGACUUGAAAUGAAUGGGGAGGGGGCUGGUCCCAGCCACACUUGUAGGAAGACCUGGGAGUAGAGUUGACCCUUGUUGCCCUCUUCACUUCCGGACCAGAGUUCUAACCCAGUUUUCUCCCCCAGGUAGGUGGUACAGUCCCAUCCCUGCCUCCUCCUCCCCACUCCCCCGUUUUGUUCCCGUGAACUGUUCCAUUUAAGCUUCUUGGACUUGGCCACUGCGCUCCUCACGGGGGGAAGUUUUUUUCGGGCUGAACCACGGACCCCGGAGCAACGGAGCCAUCCCUUGAAUCCUGCAGAGGGAGCCGUGGGCCAGGUUGACCCUUGCUUCAAGGACCGGGAAACCUUGGUGAACAUCCGAUUCAGGGCAAUGCUGUGGGCUGGAGAUGCCCCAGCUGUUCGCGGAGCCUGUGCAUGGGAACUUUGGACCCUCAGGUUGUCUGCUCUCAACCACCUGGGGAAGGAGCAAGCCAGAGGGAGCCGCUCCGAGGAGGAAGCCGCUGACCAACCCAUCAGGACCUGUGAUCGAUCGCAAAGGGUCGGGGUCGCUCAGCCCGACCCAGCUCCAAUCAUGGACCGGAUCAGAUCCUUCCAGGAAGGGGGCCUGCAGGGAGGGAAAGG